GUUGCAUCUCACAUCUCGACACUUACUCUCACUUGUACAACACCUCUAGACAUUCAACAAAAUGGAGUACGAACCGGACGCAGCAGGCCUCGAGAGCUACAUCCUCUGCGCAGACUGCGGCACCGUCAUCUCCUCUGCCAACGGCGCUGGACUGUGUGUGGGAUGUCUUCGCAACUCGGUCGACAUCACUGAGGGCAUCCCCAAGGAGGCCGUCAUCAACUUCUGCCGUGGCUGCGAGCGCUUCCUCUCGCCGCCCACCACCUGGGUCGCGUGCCAGCCCGAGUCGCGCGAACUGAUGGCCAUCUGUCUCAAGAAGAUUGCCAAGCCCCUGCUCAAGGUCCGACUCAUUGACGCCUCGUUCAUCUGGACAGAGCCCCACUCGCGCCGUAUCAAGCUCAAGGUCACCAUCCAGAAGGAGGUGCUCGCCCACACGGUGCUCCAGCAGACCUUUGUCCUCACCCUCACUGUUCAGACCGGACAAUGCCCGCAGUGUACUCGUCUCGCGGCCAAGAACACUUGGAAGGCCAGCGUGCAGGUCCGCCAGAAGGUCACUCACAAGAGGACCUUCCUGUUCCUUGAGCAGCUGAUCCUCAAGCACAACGCGCACAAGGACACUACGUCGAUCAACGAGAAGCGCGAUGGCCUCGACUUCUUCUACACUGAGCGCAACAUGGCCAUCAAGAUGGUCGAGUUCCUGGCUGGUGUCGUCCCCGUCCGCGUCAAGGGCUCUGAGCAGCUCAUCUCGCAGGACACGCACUCGGGAACAGCCAACUACAAGUUCACCUACUCGGUUGAGAUUGUGCCUGUCUGCAAGGACGACCUUGUCGCCAUCCCCAAGUCUCUUGCCCGCUCGUGGGGCAACAUUUCGCCCUUGACAAUCUGCUCGCGUGUCGGAAACUCGAUGCACCUGCUCGACCCCGUCACCCUGCAGCAGACCGACGUCACUGCCCCCGUCUACUGGCGCCAGCCAUUCGACCCUCUCGCCUCGGUUUCCGACCUGACUGAGUUUAUCGUCCUCGACAUUGAGCCCGUCGGUGUCCAGCGUGGCAAGUACGUGCUCGCGGACGCCCAGAUCACCCGUGCGCACGGCUCGGGCCACCGGGCAGACGACGACGGCAUGGGCGACGACGGCAUUUACACUGUGCGCACACACCUCGGUGCCAUUCUUCAGCCUGGCGACACGGUUCUCGGCUACGACCUGACGCACACCAACUUCAACUCUGAGGCGUUCGAGGCGAUCGAGCCUGAGAGGAUACCCCACGUGAUUCUCGUCAAGAAGACGUACCCCAACCGCCGCAAGAAGGCCAAGGCAAGGAACUGGAAGCUGCGUUCGAUCGCCAAGGAGGCCGAGGAGGGUAUCGAGUCUGCCGGCACUGGACGCGGAGCGGUCGGUCGCCGUGGUGGUGUGGACCAGAAGAACGUCGAGCGCGACUACGAGCUCUUCCUCCGCGACCUGGAGGAGGACAAGGAGAUGCGUGCCGCCGUCAACCUGUACAAGGCGGACGCCGAGGUCGAGGACGAGGACGAUGGCGACGUCAACAUGGGCGCGAGCGCACCUGGAUCCGGCAUGCGCGGCGGCAAGCGGAGGGCAGGCGCGACCAAGGCCGCCGCGGCGGUCAUGGACGUCGAGGAGGAGGACGGCGACGAGGAAGAGGAGGAGGACUUCCCGGAGAUUGAGCUCGACGAGCUGCUUGACGGCUUCGAGGAGAUGGGUAUUGACGACGAGGGCGGUGCCGCUGAGCCGACGCACUCGCACGUGGCCUAGACAGCGCCAAUCUCAUCAUCUUGUACACCAUAUCAGAGCCAUUCUUAGACCAAAAGACACGCAUGUGUCAGUGCAAUGUGUAAACUAUGCAUGGGUGCGGGGACGA